CGGCAGCGUGCAACAAGAAAUACAGCGGACACAACGAAGAGCGCCAAAGCAGUAAAAAUCGCAAAAAAGACGUAAAUCACUAAACGCAAUUUGGAAAACGGUUUUCGCUGGAUAUUUAACAAAAAAAAUCGGUUAAAUUCAAAUUCGAAAAAAAUAAAAUUCUGCAAGCGAAAAAGUGUGUCGAGUGUUGAGCAGCACGCAGCAGCUCAGAGAAAACCACACACCACCGACAAAAGGCAAAAAGGCAGCUGUAAAAGGGAAAAGAGGAGGAGGAAAGCGGAGGAGUCAACGCGAAUAGUUGCAGGCGCGUCCAAAUGCUUAUUGAAAUUUACGAUUAUGCUGCGAAAUUAUUAAACAAUAUGACCGCAACCACAGCAACAAUCAUUAAUAAUCUGACUGCCCAUAAGGGAGUCGACAACAACAACGACGACGACGACGGCGAGAACAACGAGGAGGUGCCCGAGGAGGAGCAGAACCAGGAGGAGGAGGAGGCGAAGGAGGAACGUGUGGAGGAUGUGGCAAAUCCCAGGCGUGCCACAAAUCUAACGUCCAAAUUGCUGCAGGUGACCACGGGAAAUAUGAAAGCAUUGCUCAACCACACGCUGGCAACAAUGGCCGGCGAACAUGGUUUCGCAUUGCCCACGUUGUUGUUGCAUGGCCAGCGCAUUAAGCCAGCAACUGGCAACAGCAGCAGCAACGGCAACAACUAUAGCAACAACAGCAGCAACUUCAGCAACAGCAGCAGCAUCAGCAGCAGUAGCAACAACGAUAGUCACAUUAGCCAUUUGAGUGGCAACAACAGCAGCUACAACAGCAGCAGCAGCAGCUUGGAGCACGAGAGCAACAGCAUGUAUAAUGUGGGCCAUCUUGGCCAACUGGGCAACCUCAGCCAGCUGAGUAAUCUGAGUCAACUUGGUUUCAUUGAAUCCACAACGACGUCCUCGACAACAACAACGGCUGCGGCGGCGGCAACGGCAGCCAUCACACAUUUGCCACACGGUGCGGCAAGUACGUUUCCAGCACAGACGAUGGCCACCUUCAUUGCGGCCGGCAACAAGAAUCGACCCAUUCUCUAUCCAACGGUUUCACCCGAAUCGAUUGUCAUACCAAUUGUUUCGUGCAUCUUUGGCUUUCCCAUUCUGGCCCUGAUCGUCAUCUGCUGCCUGCGUCGUCGGGCCAAAUUGGCGAGGGAGCGGGACAGACGACGCAACUAUGAUAUGCAGGACCAUGCUGUCAGCCUGGUCAGAUUUAGUCCAAUUCAUAGGCUUAAUUACCGAUCGUCGCGAGCUAUCAGUCUACGUCCUGAACGAAGCCUAAGUCAGGGCUUUACAUCGCUGGAGCUGGACACGGUGCUGGAGGAGCGCUGCAGCGAUGUGGAGCAAACGCAGACCGAAAUCCUAAAUGCCGAAUCGCCCAUGGACACCAAUUCCUCCUACAAGAUGUCCUUCUCCUCAAGCUAACAGUUAGCACACGCACAACAACAACAGCAGCAGCAGCAGCAACAGUUGCAGCAGCAGCCAACAAUCGAGACCCUGAAGGAGCUCAAAGAGGAGUCGUCAAAGUUGUCGCCUCGCUUCACGCCGCCGCUUCGCAAAGCGGGCAGCAUGCGGGAAGCGGAUCCUGCAGCGUUGGCCAAACGACGCAGUCGCCUCCAGGAGUUGCGCGCCAGCAGCAGCAGCGGCUGCGGUGGCGGUGGCAAUCAAGCUAGUGAAGCAGCCAUCGCCUUUGGCGUCAGCAAACGCGAAUCGAAGCGUCGACAACAUGGCUUCAACUCCGCUUCCGGCUCCGGUUCCGUUUCGGCGAUGCGCAAAUCACAAUCUCUGGAUGCUGAUGGCGGUGGCGAAAGCUAUUCGCUGGCCAGCAUUCAGUCGCCAUUGUGGGUGACGCUGACGAAUGCGCGCACCAUCGAGGAGCUUGCCCAGCAGAAGCUGUAA